UUUCGGGAACGGUUUCUGGCUUGGUUCGAGCACCCUCUGCAAAGAGCUAAAUGCCACCAGAGGAAGUAUUCGCCAGGAACUCGACGAUACUCCGCCCUAUGCGUUGAAAUUUCACGUAGCGAGGAUGUACUUGACGUUGCCCAAGGAACUCGAAUUCUCGACGAGACAAGUAUUUUUGGGUCUUUGCCUGCCAGCUACGUGCGACCAAGCAUCCCUGACCUCGAUGCUAAGAGCGAACGCCGAUCGAGUCGAACGAGAAGGUAACUCGACUUAUCGAUCGACCGGCCCGAAGAUCCACAUCGUUGCGGUGAAAUCUGUGCCUUCGAGCAAUUACAACCCUUGGCGCGAUCCCAAGUCGUACGUUCUCUCCGGAGUUGCAGGCGCGCUACUAUUUCUGAUGAUCUGUGCGACUAUGUACGAGUACAAAACAGGAGUACAACCGAAUGUCAAGGAUGUGGAAUCAUCUAGCGUAUCGAAUAACAACGAGAGACUGAGCAAUUUUUCCAACAAGAAUCUAAACCAAGAUGGCGAAGUGAUCCAAGAAAACGGGGAGGAGCUGAUCGAGAAGGGGAAGAACUUGCAAAAAGAAUCGCCUGAUCGUUCUGAAAAGGAGAGCAAGAAAGGCUUCUGGCUAACGUGUCUAACAGCCUUCAAUCCUAUCGCGAACGGCAGCAAGAUCGUUAGCACCGAACCUGCCGCGAGAGACAGCCUGACUUGUCUGCAUGGGCUCAGAGUGUUCUCGCUGGGAUGGGUGGUCAUGGUGCACACCUAUCUUCAAGUCUUCUCCAUUGCUGAGAACAAAACCCUGCGUUCGGUGACAGAGCGGAAUUUUAUGUUCCAAACUAUCAGCAACGCCACCUUCUCCGUAGACACAUUUUUCUUCAUCAGUGGCUUGUUAGUUACGAUCCUCUUCUAUCGGUCUUCCGGUAGCUUGAAAAAUGACAAGGGCAUUUUCUGGAAGACGUGUUUCACCAAAUUUAUCAUCAUGAUCCUCUACAGAUUUAUCAGAUUGACACCGGCGUAUCUCUUUGUCCUGGGAAUAAACGAGAUCGCCAUCAAGUAUGCGCUAUCAAGGACGGUGUUCUCGCCAGUGAUCGUCGACCAUUUGACGUGCGAAAAGUUUUGGUGGAGAAACGCAUUGUACCUUAACUCGCUCUACCCUCGUACCGAGAUGUGUAUGCUGUGGAGCUGGUAUAUGGCGAACGACACACAGUUCUACGUUCUCGGAAUACUUUUGCUUCUUCUAUCUAUCAAAUACCUGAAGGCCAUCGUCGUCGUGAUUUUGCUGUUGAUCGCCUCUUCGUGGUUUACCACCUUCUCCGUCGCCUAUUCCAACGAUUACAUCGCCAGAAUCCAAGAACCGUUUGCGCUUUUCGACGAGCUGUACGAUAAGCCUUGGCUGAGAGCUGGGCCUUACUUCGUUGGCAUCAUCACCGGUUACAUUUUGUUCAGAACGAAUUGCAAAUUGAAAUUGCCUCUGAUCGUACGAGUAAUCGGCUGGGUAUUAUCUACUGCCAUAAUGUUCUCGGUAGUCUACGGUCUAUAUCCCGGAAACUUAACCGUGCCGGUGAGUUCCGUGUACGCCGCCUUAGGACACACCGCCUGGGCGAUCGGUGUAUCCUUCAUCGUGAUUCAAUGCUGCACCGGGUACGCUAGAAUGAUCGACAGUCUGCUGUCGCUCAAACUGAUAUAUCCGCUAUCGAGGUUGACUUACUGCGCGUACUUGGUGCAUCCUGUCAUCAUGAUGGUCACUGUAUCCCAGAUGGAUGGUCCGCUCCAUCUUCACAACAAUAUCGUGCUGAUCUUGUACUUUGGCAAUCUGGUCGCCUCCUACUUGAUGUCGUUCUGCAUUUCCAUCGCGUUCGAGGCGCCCAUCGUCAAUCUGCUCAAGAUCGCUUUCAUAUCGAAGAAGAGGAUAAGAUAGAGAAAGAUCGAACGUAGUGUAUCGCGCGAUCGACGCUAGGAUUUAAUCGUAGCUCUCCAGUGCAAGAGGAAAGAAUCCCCGACUCUCUGGCAGAUAUUUUCGGGACAAAGAUAAAAGCCGCUUUCGUGCAUCUAUUUUUCUCGACAACGAUACAGUACACAGCUGCCGUGCUUUGACAAUUUAGAUGAUGCGAAAUCAAUGCGAUUUCGUCGUACUUAAUAGGAAUAUGUUUGCACAGGCGCUUAUGACUGUCGUAAAGUAUAAAUCAAAGGCAAAUGCGUCUUCCGUAGAAUACAGGCGAUCAAAGCGUAUUAAAUUCGUAAUUUCGCAGAAAAAGCGGGCGUUCAUUUUGUCUCGUUCAUCGUUCGUGUCAAGAGUGUGAGAAAGAUUCUUCGCAAAGCAUCGCCGAAACGAUAGGCUUCUCGCGUGUUAUUUUAUACGAUUCCAAUAGCGUUUUUACCCUCGAUCAUGUGCCACAAGAAUAUUUACGAUUGGUGCAGUAAGGAAACUUGGACAAAAGUUGGAAAUCGAGCGAAGAUCGAAAGAAGAAACGAUCGGGAUCCGUGCCCAGCCACCGCUAGUCCAGUUCGACGAAAGCAGAGGAAAUCGGAAAACGAUAAAGGCGGCGAAACAAUUGUAGCUUAAGACCGAACUUUAAAUAACUAAGAUCGAUAGCACACCUGUUCGCGAGUGUCAAUAACGAAAGAAAAUGUUUGUACAAAAAAUUGAAAAAAAAGCGUUUCAUUUUAAACGUACUGGUAUUUCCCGAGCGACGAAUAUCUUGUCUGCGUGUGCGCCAAAACGACAGAAAUAGGAAAGCGCGUUAAACUUAGAUCGAAGAAAAGAUAAAUCGAUAUUUGCGCGAUCUCUGACGCUGUUUCACGCCUGGACGAAAUUUAAUGUUAGACGGACGUGAUUCGUUUAAAGUGAUCGUUGCUUCGUUAAAUUACAAAAAGCAGUUGAAAAACGAGUACGUUUUUUUCACGUCAUUCUUUCUUAGAUACUAACUCGAUACACGUCUGUUUACCGCAAAAUGAAAUGAAAAACUGUCGUCACGUAGGCGUUAUAACUGUUAGGAAAAAGAAAAAUAUUAUGCAAAGCGUGCCGAAUCUCUUCUGCUGCCAACGGCUAAAUUAAAAAUCACUGAAACGUAAUUGAUAUUUGGAGUAAAAGAUUAAUAGUAAAAAGGAGUUUCUCGUUUACUCGUGAACCAACGUUCGCGGUGUUUCGCCACACGGCGGUAAAAAGUAACCUUACCUUUUUUUCAUCCUUUGACGUAAAAACGUAACGGAAAAAGCAAGUAAAUAUAUGCGGGCAGAAACGAGCACGAAGGAAAAUAUGUAAACAGCGCACGGAGUA